CAGAUUCCCUAGAAAAUACAAUUUCUUAUUGGAUAUCAGUUUCUCGUAGAUCGGAAAUUGCAAGCAGUGUAAACUCUCCAUAAGAGAACAAUUCCGAUUCUCAAGCAAUGUAAAUUCUCCAUAAGAGUGGAAACUAGGGGGAUACUUCACAAAACAGAAUUGUUUAAUAUCGAUGAUUUUACAUUAUUCAGAAUAUUUGAUUAUAAACUAUAUUAAAUUAAGAUCAUUAAAAUACAAAUACAUUGUGAAUGAGAUUUUUCUGAUAAAAAUUGAUCUUGAUCGCAGGCGAUAAACGAAGAAAAAAAAGUGGAUUGAUACAUUGAAGAAUUUUGCCUUUACCUAACAAUAUUUGAUUUUUGAGCAUAUAUGUAAUACUACAUGUAUGUUCUUGAGAUAUAUAGCGUUAACGAAAGUGUAUUUUCUUCCACUUUAUUUGGGGUGAAUUGCUGAAUAUGAAUUCGUUUUAUAUGAUUUGUAGUGCCCUUUUUCAUCAAUGCACACUUUGCAAGUAAAUGUAUAUUACAAGAGAGCAUAUAUAUUAGAUAUCAACACGUAUUCAUUGUAAUUAUAAAUAUAAUGGCCGAUGUGAAUGCGAGGAGAGAAGCAAGGAGACGACGAAUCUUAGAAAACUCAGGAAAUCGUUUACGUAAAAUUACAGGGAGGAACGAUCCAGAUGAAAACAAAGAUGAUAGUCUGGAAAUAAAAGAUGAUGGUUUUAAAGCGGAAUCAAAUUUGGAUCAGUACAUCAGAAAUGGUUCAUAUAUCAAUAGCGAAGCAGAAUUACAAGAUCAUGCAAGAAUCAGCAACAAUGAACAUGAAAGCUUUUUGAGUAACAAUGAUAGAAACACAUGCUUAUCAGAGCCAGUAUCCAAGACAGAAUUGAUGUUAUGUACAUUAUUAUUUAAUCGCAUCAAUCUUAUUCUGCUAGCUGGGAUUGUCAACAUUUUAUUAGUACUGAAACUAGAUAAUUUAUUUGGACAGGCAAUUAUUAUACCUUACUGGUCACUGAUGUUGGGACGUUUCUACAGAUGUAAGGAAUUUCAUGAAAUACAAAACGGCAGUUUACUAAUCGCUGCUUUAAUAUUGUGCAACAUCAAGCCCAAGUUGAUUUAUAGAUUUAAAGUAUCACUUACAUUAUUUAAUUUAAUACUUACAGAUUUCUGUUUAUAUAUGUUCAGUUUUGUACUGAUGCGUUAUGUUAUUAUUUCAUAUUAUUACCAUUACAUUGAAACGUUAGUAAAUGAAUAAUUAUUUAAUUAAACGAAUAAAAAUAAAUUGGUGUUUUAUUGUUGAAAACUUUCUGUUAAAUGUUAAAGAAACAGAAUCUCUAAAAGAAUAUGUAAAUUUCAUCAUAUAAUGUAUUAUUUAACAUUUGGCACUAUUAUUCCAUAGUUUUUGCACAUCUUUAUUAUUAUGUCGUAAUUUUGAUGAAAUA